AUAAUCGAUGCCAAUGGCAGCACCUGUACCUUCCGGUGCGCUCGCAGUCUCGACUAUACGCAACGUUUAGUGGCUUUCAAUGACGGCUAUGGUAUCCUGAACUUCGAAGUCGAUAUCGUGCCCAAGAGAGUACUGGCGAUAAAGGCUGAUAGACUGCGACCGCAGUCGCAUAACUGGUGCUCUAUCCGGUCAAUGAUGAACAACUUUGGCCGCCAACCACUUGCAGCGGCUGCCUGUGCAGCACCGGUAGUCACGCCCACUACUAGUCCUCCGCAGUUGACGUCGUCAGCGGCGGUUAAAUAUGAGUACAAUUACGCCAUUGAUAUCCAACACAUUCCCGAGGACUACGACCCGGAGUCGCCGCCAAAGACAUCCCACCAAUUGAUACAGACUUUGAUACCGAAGAAUAGGCAACAAAUCAUUGACCGAAUGGUCGAAUACUGGCCCCAAGUAUUCGGUGAUAAGAAGAUUGACUAUAAAGUCACCCAAAAGGGUAUUGCUUGCGAUUGUCUGCUGGAUAUCAGUCUUGUGGGAAAGACUAGUCAUUAUGUAAGCCUUGUUUUGAAUGGCUGUAAGUCGGAGGAAGUGUUUGAAUGUACUGUCGAGUACUUGUCGUCGACUCCCGUGCCGUUGGAACCAAUGACACAACCUCUGGAGACAAGCGAUGACAAUAAAGUGGUUAACGAGUCGACUGACCAUCAAAUGACCGAUCAAUCGGAUCUCAAGACUGAAGCAGUGGUUGAUAUGGAUGUCCAGUCUGUGUCCACGACUUCUGUAUCGGUAGAAACGCCACAACGUCUUAAUGUGUAUCAAAAGUUGGAAGAACUUCAUAAGAAAAUAGAAUCGGAUCUCAUAUCUGUGACCUAUGAUCUAUGGGUCCACCAAAACCAACAGUCCAUCACUUCUGUGCCCUUGGAAUCAACACAACCUCUUGAGGUCAUCGAUGAUAAUAAAGCGGUUAACGAGUCGACUGACCAUCAAAUGGCGGACCAAUCAGAUCUCAAGUCUGUAGAAGUGAUGGCAACGGAUGUCAACUCUUUCUGUACGACUUCCGGAUCUAUUGAAACGCCACAACUCCCUAAAGUCAUCAAUGGUAAGGGUUUUGUGAUUUAA